CCGCCCCACCUCCCAAAUGGAACAGGACCGAGACCGGUAGAGGACGCACCACCCGGAAACCAGAAAUCCUCACCUGAAGCACUGGCUCGUCACGACGGCUGCUGUCGGCUCUGAUAGUUGGAGAAACCAGCACAUCGGCAGUUUCACAACAACCUCAAAUGGGAUUCAGCUUGACAUCUCAAUACCGAGUGCCAUAUUCCUAAUUGAUUAAGAAGAUUGACUUGGGGAAAACUUUCUGUGUGCAGGGAUGGAGUCCCACAGUCAGGUUCUGGAUCGUUUACGAACGGCCUUCAGGUCAGGCAUCACUUUGCCGCUGGAGUUUCGUCGAACGCAGCUCACCAAGCUGCUGGCCCUGGUCAAAGACAACGAGGAGCAGAUUGUAAAAGCGCUACACCAAGACUUAGCAAAGCCAAAAUUUGAGAGCAUCCUCUCCGAAGUGGAAAUGGUGACCAAUGAUCUCCAUUAUGCCAUCUCGAACGUGGCAACCUGGAUUCAGCCGGAGUAUGUGUCCAAAAACCUGGCUACAAAACUAGAUGACUGUUUUGUGCGGAGGGAACCGUUGGGAGUUGUGCUCAUCAUCGGACCCUGGAACUACCCCCUGCAACUCCUCGUUUUACCACUAGUUGGAGCCAUUGCUGCAGGAAACUGUGCAGUUAUCAAACCUUCAGAGGUCAGCUCAGCCACAGACUGCCUGGUGGCUGAGCUCGUUCCGAAAUACCUGUCUCAGGACUGCUAUGCGGUUGUUCGUGGGGGAGCAGAGGAGACCAAGGCUCUGCUGCAGAACCGAUUUGACCACAUCUUCUACACAGGUUCCCAAGCGGUGGCUCGCAGUGUGGUCCAGGCCGCCUCCCUUCACCUGACGCCCGUAACGUUGGAGCUGGGCGGUAAGUGUCCCUGCCUCAUAUAUGGCCGGAUAAACAUCCAAGCUGCGGCCCACCGACUGGUGUGGGCCAAGUACUUCAACGCGGGCCAGAGCUGUGUGGCUCCAGACUACGUGCUCUGCACCAAGGCCACCCGGGACGCCCUGGUGCCCGCCCUGUCCACUGUGCUGGAGGAGUUCUACGGGAAGGAGCCGCAGAAGAGUCCGGACCUGUCCCGCAUCGUGUCUGCUCGCCACUUCACUCGCCUCAUGAAGCUGCUGGAGAAAACCAAGGGCAAGGUUGUUAUCGGGGGACAGAGCGACGAGGACGAUAAAUACAUAGCGCCCACGGUCCUGGUGGAUGUAGAGGAAGACGAUGCCCUGAUGGCGGAGGAGAUCUUCGGCCCCAUCCUGCCCAUCCUGACUGUGGAGGAGCUGGAGAAGAGCUUUGAGUUGGUGAAUCGUAAGGAGAAGCCGCUGGCGCUCUACGUGUUCUCUGAUGAAUCCUCUGUGGUGAAGACGACGAUGGAGAAGACCAGCAGUGGAGGCUUCUGCUCCAACGACGGCAUCGUUCACAUGGCCCUGCCUGGGCUGCCCUUUGGGGGUGUAGGGGCCAGCGGCUGGGGUUCCUACCACGGCCGCUGGGGCUUUGAGACGUUCAGCCACCGGCGCGCCUGCAUGCUGCGCGGCUGGGCUCUGGAGCGGCUCAACGGCCUGCGCUACCCGCCUUACAGUGAAGAAAAGCUGAAGUGGCUGCGCUGGACCACGUCACCACACACCACCUGCUCUCUCAUGUGACGCGCGUCUCUCUCAAAGGCAGCCUGAAUCAGCUUAGUUGGAAAAUAAAGUGGUUUUUUGCAACAUUU